UUUUGAUUGAUUAACCCAGGCAGCUGUGACCGCUUGGGCUUGUAUACAUUUAUAGAUCACGUACAUGCGGUUUUAGUUCGGCUACACACCCUUAAUCGUCGCAACCUCAAGACAGCUGUGCAACCAUGAGCAGAUUCAAGACUAUCGCUCCACAAGAUCGUCCCACCUUCAAGGUGGCCUUUUUGUACCGCUCUCACGGGCUCAUCUCCCGGGAGACCUUUAAUGCCUUCCAGAAAACUUACGAUGAGAUUGUCAACUCUAUUGUUACUUGCCAAGAUGAAGACGAGCUUUGGAAGUUUGUGCGAAGCAUGUUCGAUUUCGACGACUACGCUGACACAGUUCCCAUUAACGCAGCCAACCUUUCCAUCACCUUCGAUGCAGUUCAACGUCUCAUGAACGCCAUGGCGUUGGAUUGGAACCGAGAUAUUUCCAUCCAGAAGAGGAUCCAGCCUUUUGUGUAUACCAUCCAAGCGGCGAGAGCCCUCGUAGCCAAGCAGUUAAAUGUGGAGCCAAAACUCAUCGCAUUCAUGAGGAAUGGUUCCGACCCUAACGCUGUUAUCAACAACGGAAUGGAUUUUGAACCCGGCGACGAGGUCGUGGUAUGGAAAGAGAAUCAUCCAACAAAUGGUGAUGUAGCGUGGGAGAUUCGCAAAGCGCGCUUCCCUAACAUCACCAUUGUCAUAGUCGACUUACAAGGGGAAACAAAUGAGGAAAAGAUUAUUCACAAGUUCGUAUCCAAAGUGAACAAAAGCACUCGUAUUGUGGCGUUCAGCGAGAGAACCCUGACGAAGUGCUUGUGGUUAACCUGCAAUGUACUGGGAAAGUAGAAAUACCGCCUGUUGUUUCAUGCAAAAGAAACUGAGAUAAGCUCCGGUGGGGUGUGUCCUUAAGCUUGCCAAUAGACUUGACCAGCUGGGUUUUAUAUGUAAUUGAUAGAUAAAACCUAACGAGUUAGUCACUUGUAGUUUUUGGUGGCCAUUUGGUUCUCAAUCUCUUUAAAUAAUUUCUAUCCGAGACCAUUAAUACCCUUCUGAAAUCGUCAUAUUCCAGCCAUUUUUAGCGUCUGUCUGCCUUUCAAAAGA